AUUUCCUACUCCUGCACCUCCUCUGACAUAAGCAACCGCAGAGAGAAAGUAGGAAAUUUUUCAAAAUGUCCACAUCAGAACUCCCCUCUGUGGAAUCCCUACAAUCGCUCAUCCUCACCACCCUCGACUCCUCACCUUCCAGUUCGAUAGAAGAUACUCGACAGUUGAAAUACAAAGGUGUGGUCUUAGCCAAUCCGGACGAACAGAAUGCUAUCAAGGCAGCAUUAGACAGUCUGUGGAGCCGGGAGAUGGUGGAAUACAAACAAAUCACCACAACUUCCUACGACUUGACAGAUGAGGGAUAUGGAAUUGCCGCCUCUGGCUCACACGAAUAUCGAGUUUGGCAAGCUUUACCUGUUCUUGGAGAAGGACAACCGUUGGGUAUACCAGAGCUUAAAAAAAUCUUAGGUGAUGAAGUGCCAAAAAUUGGUCAAGGAAAGGCAUUCAAAAACAAGUGGAUUGUCAAAGAUGGGAAUGGGUUCUCACGAGCUCCUGGCGUGUUGCCUAGUGAUACCACCGCAGAGGAAUUACGGAUAGUACGAGAGACUUUUACCCAUCCUUCCGAAUCCAUACUCAGAGAGCUCUUGAAACGAAAGCUCGUUGCGCCUCGAAAACACAUACAUUAUUCCGUGACCAAAGGGGAAGAGUUCUCAACAGUGGUGAAGCAGUUAGAGACGGAUCUGACUGUGGAAAUGUUACAAUCAGGCGCCUGGAAAGGAGCUCAUUUCAAACAAUAUAACUUUGCCGCUGCCGGACAACCUACAGAGGGCGGUGCUCUCCAUCCACUGCUCAAGGUUCGAGAAGAAAUGAGACAGAUUUUCUUCGAUAUGGGCUUCACCGAAAUGCCUACAAAUCGAUUCGUCGAAAGUGCAUUCUGGAAUUUCGACGCUUUGUUCGUUCCCCAACAACAUCCCGCUAGAGAAUUACAAGAUACUUUCUAUAUCAAAGAUCCUGUCAAAGCUCUAUCACCCGAUUCUGAAUACUACAAACGAGUCUCGGUUGUGCAUGAGACUGGAGGAUACGGAUCUAUAGGCUAUAGAGCGCCUUUCUCUAAAGACGAGUCGGAGAGGUUGUUGUUAAGAACACAUACGACGGCAAUUUCAACGGCGAUGUUGUAUGAGAUUGCCAAUCAACCUGGGGGUUUCAAACCCGCGAAGCUCUUUUCCAUCGAUCGGGUCUUCCGAAAUGAAGCCAUGGAUGCCACUCAUCUGGCAGAGUUUCACCAAGUGGAGGGUGUCGUAGCGGAUUACGACAUCACCCUCGGUAACUUGAUCGCUUUCAUGCAAGAGUUCUUUGCCAAAACGGGUAACCGUAAACUGCGUUUCAAACCAGCUUACAACCCGUACACCGAACCCAGUAUGGAGGUAUUCUCGUGGCAUGAGGGAUUAGGAAAAUGGAUAGAAAUAGCCAAUUCUGGCAUCUUCCGUCCUGAGAUGCUCGAACCUAUGGGUUUGCCCAAAGGUGUGCGGGUCUUGGGAUGGGGCAUGUCGUUGGAACGUCCGACGAUGAUCAAAUACAAGAUCUCUGAUAUCCGUACGCUCGUGGGUCACAAGACUGAUCUAGAGCAAGUUAGACGUAGACCUGCUGUUCGAAUGGAGAAGGGGGAUGAUUAGUUUGUGGGAUGCAUAUCGUUCUGUAUC